GCAGCGCGGCCCAGCCCCGGUACCGGGCUCGGCCCCGCUGCCCCCGCCUGCCUCCCCCUCCCCUCCCUGCGGGGCGGCGGGCGCUGCGUGGCCGCGCCGCGGGAGUCACGCGCUCUCACGGCGGGGAAGGGCGUGGCGGGCGGCCGCUCGCCGCCGCCGUCGCCGCCGCCGGCUACGGGCGCCGUUCGCCGCGCACCAACAUGGCGGCGCCGGGGGCGGGAGACAGGAGAAGCCGCGGAGGACCCGGAUGCGGCGCCGCGCUCUGAUUGGCCGCCGGCCCCGCCCGCCGCGCUUUGCCUUGUACGGUAACAUGGCGGCGCCCGCUCGGACGGCCCCACCGGGACCGACUUCCGGUGCUGCGCAGUACGGCGCGGACGGCGGCUCGGUGUGGCGGCGCUCGGGCGCCGGAACGGCACCAGGAGGCGGGAGCACCCGCGGCCCGUCGCCCGCCCUGGGAUGCGCCGCUGAGCCGGCGGCCAUGGCGGCGGCGGCGGCGCCCGGCGGCGUCAUCGUCCUGGACGACGAGGAGGACGGGGCCGCGGCGCGGCCGCCCGCCGCCCCCCGGCCCAACGGCGCCGCGCCGGCGAGUCCCCCCCCGGCGCCGGCGCCGCCGCAGCCGCCGACCCCCGGCAGAGCCGGCGGCAGCUACAAGGCGGAGAACGAGCGGCUCUUCGCCGAGUUCCUGGCUCUCUGCACCCGCCUGACGGAGGAGCACCCGGAGGUGAUCCCCUUCCUCUCGGGCCGCCACCAAAAAGCCAGCGCCGAGUUCCUGGCCUCGGCCGAGCUGCGCAACGUGCUGAGCCGGUGCCUGAGCCGCGUGCGCGCCCGCCGCAACAAGGUCUACGUCUACAUCAACGAGCUCUGCACCGUGCUCAAGGCGCACACGCUGCGGCGCAAGGUGCCGCUGGCCGCCGCGCCGGCCGCCGCCGCCGCGUCGCCGCCCGCCGAUGCCGGAGCCGAUGCCGGCGGCGGCGCCGUGGCGGCGCCGGAGGCGGAAACAGCCGGCGGCCGCUCGGUUCCUUUGUCCGGCGGCGGGUCCAAACGUCAGAUCCGUUACCUGGAGAACCUGCUGCGCGUCUACAUGGGGGAAAUCCGGCGGCUGCAGGAACGCGAGCUGGAUCUGGCCGAGCUGGACAGCGAGGAUUCGACGUACCUGCAGGAAAGUCGCCUCAAGCGGAAAAUGAUGCGGAUCUUCCAGCGCCUCUGCCAGCUCAAGCAGUGCAGCAGCCUCACGGGCCGCGUCAUCGAGCAGCGCAUCGCCUACCGCGGCACCCGCUACCCGGAGGUCAACCGUCGCAUCGAGCGGUUCAUCAACCGCCCCGAGGCUUUCCCGGAUUACGCCGACAUCCUCAAGGUGAUCCAAAAAGCCAGCGCCCGUCACAGCUUGGGGUUGGCCCGCCGGCAGAUGGAGAGCAUGGCGCAGGACGCCUUCCGCGAGGUGGGCAACCGCCUGCAGGAACGCCGCCACCUCGACCUCGUCUACAAUUUCGGCAGCCACCUCACCGAUCAGUACCGGCCCGGAACGGAUCCGGCCCUGUUGGACCCCGAGCUGGCCAAGCGGCUACGCAAGAACCGCGCCGUGGCGUUGACCCGGCUCGACGACGUCAUCUCGCGUUACGCCCAGCUGCAGGACGAGAGCGAGGAAGAGGAGCGCGGGCGCAAGCGGGCCGCUCGGCGCCGCGCCGCCGCCGAUGAUGCCGACGCCGCCGGCGCCGCCGCCGGCUCCGGUUCCCCCGCGGCGGCGGAGAGCGGCGCGGGGAAAAGCCGCCAAGACGACGACGAAGACGACGAGGACGACGAGGAGGAGGAGGAAGAGGAGGACUCGGAAGAGGAGGACGACGAAGACGACGACUCCACGGACGCCGAGGCGGAGCUGCCGCCGGGCCGGGCGGCGGCGGGGACCGAGGAGGAGGAGCGGCAGGAAGACGGCGCCGGCGAGGCCACCGCGGCGCAGGGCACCGGCGAGCCGCCGCCGGAGCCGCGGUUGGCGGCCGCCGAGGAGCCGCGGGGCGACGGGCGACCUGCCGAAGAGGAGGAGGAGGAAGAGGAGGAAGAGGCGGCGAGGGCGAAGGAAGCUGCCGGCCAGAGCCCCGCGCACGAGCUCUUCGUCCUGGAGAUCGAGACGCUGCCGCUGGAGCCCGGCGAGACGCCGCCGCCUUCGCCGCAGGCGCCCGGCGGCUCCGAAGCCACCCCCAAAGCGGCUCCGGCGUCGCCGGAGCCGUCGGAGGCCACGCCGUUGGCUCCCCCCUCGCCGGAGGCAGUGUCCUCCCGGACUGUCACCGCCGCCGCGGCGGCGGAGCGGCCGGAGCGAGCGGAGGAGCGCUGCGCGCUCCGCGUCCGGCCGGCUGCCAAACGGAAGCGUCCGACCGCCGUCGCUUCCCGACCUUUGGAAAACGGCGCCGGGGGAACCAUCAGCUCCACCAGUUUCAACGGCAGCGUCGUCGCGACGCCCGGGCGGAAACGCCGCAGGCUGGAGCCGGCCUCCGGCGCCGGCCCCUGCGUCGAGGUGCACAGCGUGGGCUCCGAGGAGGAGGAGGAGGAGGAGGAGGAGGCCGAAGGCGGCUCGGGGCCGCCGCGGCCCAGCCCGCUGCCGGACUCGACGCGCGCCGACUCGCCCGGCCAGGGCUUGGUGAGCAGCUCGCAGGGCAGCCCCCGGCGCCUGCCCCCCAAGGCCUGCAAGACCAGCGUGGCGACGCAGUGCGACCCCGAGGAGAUCAUCGUGCUCUCGGACUCGGACUAGCCCCGCCCCCCUCAGACCCCGCCCUCUCCUCGGACUGGCCCCGCCCACUCCUCGGACUGGCCCCGCCCCCGCCCCCCCCCCCCCGCACAGGGACCGCCCCGCCCCGCACCCAAUAAAGCUCCGUUUUGUUACUGCG